AUGGCGAACCCCAAACCCUCAAAACGCUGCCUCUUAUGGGACUACACAAACACCCGCGACCGCCCAGACGCAAUCGAUCAGCUCUUUACAUCGCCACCAGACUCUACCACCAAGCCCACAGCAGCAGCAGCAGGAGAAGCAACGACUCCAACUACAUCAUUCAAAUCCGUCCACAACUGGAACGCAUGGUACCCGCCCGAGCUCAAGGGCAGGCUCCCCUUCCGCCCCAUGAUCCGCACGCGCGCGCAGCUGGACACGGAAGAGUGGGACUGGAUCCGCGACUCGGACGCCGAAAUGGUCCACUACCUUAACGAGCCGGAGCGGCAGGGGAUCUCGCCGGCGGACGCCGCAGCGUGGUGGCUGGAGAAAGUGGUGCCCGAGUUGCGGGAGAAGAGGGGCAAGAAGCUUGUUGGCCCGGCAUGUGCUAGCGAUCCCGGGGGCGAAGCGUGGCUUGCGCAGUUUAUGCGUCUCGUUCACGAGGAAGAGGAAAAGAAGAAGAAGAAAAUGGGACCUGAUUUUCUUGGGGUGCACUAUUACAGCGGCGAUGUCGAGCACGCAAAGAGAUACCUGACGUCCAUGUACGAGCGGUACGGGCUGCAGCUCAACGUGUCCGAAAUUGCGUCUAUUAGUCGGGACCCGGGCGAGGUGGAGGCGUUUACGGAGGAGCUGAGCGGGUGGAUGAACGAGAUGGAGUGGAUCGACGAGUAUGGGUGGUUUGGGUGUAUGGCACACUGCGCUGAUGACUUUGUGAGUCCUGCGGCGCAGCUUAUGGACGGAGAGGGGAUGUUUACACCGCUCAUGAGGCGGUUGAUGGGUGUAUGA